UAGUGAACCUAAUACAACGACACACGACAUUAUGGCAAAGUGUUUACCGGACUCAGUAACAACGAAGGGAGGAUAUCCCUAUUAGAACAUUGUAACAGUGUAAAAUAUUAAAUAAUUAAGUAAACGACCUACAAUUAUAAAGGUCUAAUUUUUACGUGAUAAUAUAACAGACUAUUUGAAUUCGUCUGUAUGAAUAAUAAAUAAUAUGUGUUCCAAAUACGGAUCGACGGACGUGAAUGAGAAAAUUGUUGAGACCAAAAAAGAAGAGCGUGUUAGCGCAGAAAAUCAUUUGAGUGAAUUGUGCCGACGUCGAAGAUGGUGGAGGAUCAGUCAGAAUUUGGUGUACGGCCUGGGCCACAUUUACAACGAUCUCUGUGCGGCCAUGUGGUUCUCUUACAUGAUGCUGUUCUUUCAAGCUGUUUUGGAAAUGAGAGCUGUAGUUGCCGGCGCUAUGCUUCUUUUAGGACAAGUAAUAGAUGCACUUGCUACACCAGCAGUGGGCAUGUUAGCUGACAGAUACGGAACUAAAAAAAAUUGGCAUUUGACCGGUUCCAUAAUAGUGACGUGUUCAUUUCCAUUAUUAUUUGUAAGAUGUUGGGGUUGUAUUGCCAAUGAAACAAGUACCAACGUCACAUGGUGGAUGUCAUCGUACUAUGCAGUCUUAAUUAUUUUUUUUCAAAUUGGAUGGGCAAUUGUACAAAUUUCUCACCUUGCUAUGAUACCAGAUAUAUCAGACGAUCUUCAAAUCCGUUCUGAAUUAACAUCUAUAAGAUAUAUGGCAUCAGUUAUGUCCAGCCUGAUGGUGUACCUAAUUACAUGGGUAGUGUUACGGGCGACAAACUACAGCACUUUUAUUGGACCAACAGAUGAUUAUAAAUUCAGGGAUGUGUCCUUAAUAAUAUCAGGUAUUGGAAUCGCAGCAUUUACCUUAUUUCAUAUCUUAUUCAAAUUAAGAACAACAAGAGAUUCAAAACCUAACGGACAUACAGUAAAUAAUGGAACGUCUUCACUUGUGACUGAGAAUGGGGAAUCGGGGCGACUUGUCACAAAGUCGAGAAUAAUACAUUUCCUACAGAUGCCUCUCUUGUAUCAAACUAGUUUGCUAUAUGUUUUUUCUCGACUCUAUUGGGCUUUGAGUCUUGUUUAUGUGCCAUUAUUCUUGGAGGAACGUCUUUCUGUUAACCCAAGUGCAGGGUCUGAGCUAGUAGCCAGUGUACCCCUCGUACUUUACGUAUCUUCGUUCUUUUUCACACUUCUAUUAAAAAGCAAGAUAAACAAUUGUGGGAACUACAUGGCGUAUCUUAUAGGAAGUUUCUUGAGUUUGACCAGUUGUUUGUGGAUAGCGCUAGCUAUAGAUCCGGAUGCAAGUAUCGUUCAAAUAUACCUAGUCGCAACGCUUAUCGGUGCUGGUAGUUCAAUCACGCUUGUUUCAAGUCUUUGCAUAACGGCAGACUUGAUUGGGCCACACUCUCAUCAAGGUGCGGCAAUAUACUCUAUUGUAACAUUUGCCGACAAGCUUGUCACAGGAAUAGCAGUUGUGGCGAUAGAGAACUACAAAUGUGAUGAAGUAGCUGGUUGCCCGCAGUACUACAGAGGCGUGCUGACAUUUGCUUGUGGCGGUAGCGCUGUGUUAGGCAUCAUAUCGUUGUCUUUUACUAAACUUACAUUUAGAUGUAAACCUACAAUAUAA